AUGUAUGUGCGCGCAAUGUUUGAUUAUGAUCCUCGAGAGGAUUUAGAACUUCCAUGUCCGGAGCUUGGCCAGUCUUUCGAAGUUGGCGACAUCUUGGAAAUCGUAGAUGCAACAGAUUUUACUUGGUGGCAGGCAAGACAUGCUAAGGCAGAAUCCUCCUCAACACCAGCUGGCUUGAUUCCCAGUGCCGAUUUGGAGGAAUCCCGACUUGUCAGAGCCUCAAAGGAGGCUCAUGCUUCACUAGUAGCUGAAUCCGCCAACCCUACCAACCAUUUCGCAAGUCUGCUCAAUCUUCUUGCCACCAGGCGAUUUCCACGUUCAUCCACUAGUACAAGUAGUACAACAGGGAGUGGAUUUAUUGAUAGUCUUUCGGAGAAUUUUUCCCACUGGAUGCUUUUUCGACGACGUAGUUCCAGUCGCCGACGUCAUCGUAGUGUAUCACGCCGCCGAGGAGAUGGACAAGGGAUUUUGAAAUGGACGUCAGCUCGUCGCAGUCAUUCCACAGAGACCUUCAGUUUAGGGCAAGAUGAUGACGAGGUGGAAAAUUUUGAUAAUGAGAAUUCGAGAAACACUGUUUUGGAAGUACGACUCCUAGCCGAACGUGUUCCCGAUGCAACUCAACUCUGCAGGUAG